AGCUGACGCAGCAUGCAUGCCAGCGACUAGCGAGUGCCGAGUAUUCGAGAAAGCAGUUGUCAUUGACGCCUGAUAGCUGUUAGUAAAUUCGCACGGUUAUAUCGUGUUGCUAAUGAACACUCGUAAUAUCAACUUAUGAUAAAUCAAACGUGUUACAUCAAAUUCGUCACAAAUAUUAAAGUGCAGUGAAAGUGAACGGACGAUAAUUAUUGUAUAGUUAGUAGUGUUCAUAUUGCAAGCAAGCCUAGUGCGUGUAGACAAAAUGUCUACUAUACAAGCAACUAUACCCUUUAAUAUUAGGAAAAAAAGCUCGAAAACUACGUCGUUUUAUGGCAUUAAAGAGAAAGCUGUGACUGAGGACUUCAGUAAUGCGGCGUUAAGACAAAUUCCCGAAUUGAAAUACACCCCUAGGGUUAAAAAAAUCGUAACCUUAACAAGCAGCGACUCGGACUCGGAUGCUGACGUAGAAAAUUCCGCCAUAACAAAACGAUCGGUAAAAUAUUCGAGAAAGCGAAAUACAACCGACAAAGUCUCGACCCCAAAGAAAAAUAAUACAGAUGGGAAAUCUGACCAUUCAUGUGGAAAUGGUGCCACUCCUCCCAAACAGAAAAAAAUUGAGGAAUCAUUCUCUCCGUCGACACCGUCCAGUAUGCUAGGUCUUCUGGAUUUAGAAUGUGUCGUAGAAGAUGUGGAAAAAACCCAAGCAAAAAGGCUUCUUAAAUCUUCCAAGUUUCAAAGCGCCCGUAAAGCUCUACACAGUUCAGUAUCAGCGAAUUUACCUGGGAGGGAAAAAGAGCUGACAGAAUUGCGAGAGUUUAUAUCUCAUCGCUUAAAGGACUUUAGUUCCGGUUCUCUCUAUGUCUCUGGACCUCCAGGAACAGGGAAAACUGCUUCUCUGUCCAAGAUUAUGCUUGAGCCAGAGUUCAAGGCGGCGUUCAAAGUGAUUUAUAUUAAUUGUACGGCGAUAAAGUCAGCUGGUGCUAUUUACGCCAAAAUCGUUGAAGAUCUGGGUCUGAAUCUUGCGAAAACUGAGAAGGCGAACAGGUCAACACUUGAAAAGUAUCUGAAGUCAAAGCAUCAAAUGCUCCUACUUGUUCUCGAUGAAAUAGAUCAGCUGACCACCAGAAGUCAGUCGGUUCUCUACACAAUUUUUGAAUGGCCCUCUAAAGAGGGAUCCAAACUUGUUCUAGUCGGAAUAGCAAACGCUCUGGACCUUACUGACAGAAUUCUUCCCAGGCUACAGGCAAGGUGUGAACUCAGGCCAAAAUUGAUGCAUUUCGCACCUUAUUCUAAACAGCAGAUAGUCAAUAUUAUCACGGAAAGACUCGAGGAGGCAAAUGUAUCUGAUGUUCUGAAUAAAGUAGCUGUGCAAAUGUUGGCUGCUAAGGUUGCAGCUAUUUCUGGGGACAUUAGGAAGGCUUUGGAUAUCAGCCGUAGAGUCAUAGAGAUUGCAGAAGCUCAAAGAGUCGCUCAGGUUUUACAGCCCUGUAACGACAAUGGCAGUAACAUUGCGGGAAGUCCACGAAAACAACAGGAGAUACCUCAAGAGAAAUCAGUUGGUUUAAAGGAAGUUGUCAUGGUUCUGAACAGCGUUUAUGGAGGUGCCCAGAACAUCAACAAUGAAGAGAGUAUAUUUCCCUUGCAGCAGAAGCUGCUACUGUGUUCACUCAUGCUAAUUCUUAAUAAGGGCAAGAACAAGGAUCUGACGAUUGGAAUGCUGCACGAGGUGUACAAAAAAGUUUGCAAGAAACGAAAUAUACACAUAGUCGACAUGUCCGAGUUCGUUAGUUUGUGCUCCCUUGUCGAAACUCGAGGUGUAUUAAGAAUAGUGGGUAAAAAGGAACCCAGAUUAUCGAAGGUACAUCUACUGUGGGACCAGGAAGAACUUGGAGGAGCAUUGCAGGAUAAAACUAUGAUGUCAGAAAUUUUAAAUGACGCAUCUUGUCUGUAGAACGGUUCCAAGAUUGUCUAUUAGCAGCAUCAACGGAUAAGAUUAGAGUGCCUUUCGUUUUUAUUAGAAACAAUUUUUAAUUAACGUUACGUUUGAUUGUAAAUUAUUUUUUGCGCUACUCGGAUUGUUCACGUCAUUUUGAAGUGCACGCGAUAAUGUUUUGGAAGAUUUUUCAAUCAAUCUUAUUUAUUAUCGAUUAUUUUAUCAUACUUCGAAAGCGGCUUAUUCACUUAUCAUAAUUGCACAAGUCAACCGAAACAAUAUUGACGCGCUCUUCGAGUAACAUUUUUUCACCCCGUACUGACCGAAUAAUAAUUGUUAUUGUACCUAAUGAAUUAGCCUAAUUGCUUAGCAAUCAUCAAUUCCACAUUUUGUAUGAAUGUAGUAUCGUGGAUUAAUAAAGUAUUGUAUUU